CCCCUCUUCCCCCCUCCAAUAACGCCUGAAAUGCUAGCAACUGUAAUUUGAAAUUUGAGAGUUACUGUUACAAGCUGACAUUCUUUUUACGUGACUGCCCAGCAGCGUUUUGCAGGGCAGGGUAAUUUGUUCGAGUGUGUUUUUAUCAGCACAUGAAUAGAUAAAUUACUAUCUUUGGCUUUUUUGAUCUGACCUAACACAGCAGCACUGUUUGCAGUUUUAUCAAUAAUAAGAUAUCGAUGAUAGGCUGCCUUUUUUUCCUUUUUUUUUCUUUUUUUUUUCUGUCAAAACUAUUAACUGCAGAAGAAUGAAACUUUAAAGAUUGAUAUUUUAGUGAAAGGGUGUGUUUUUAUUCCCCACUCCCUCUUGGGAUCAUGCCCAAACUUAUUUCUGCAUAUGUUUUAGUUACUUUCCAAACUGUAGUCCUGUAAAGCACUACAAUUCUCUAAUCUAGCUCUUUUUUUUUUUUCUUUUUCAAAAUAGAAAGCACUUUUCUCUGCCUGUGACAGCACAAUUAAACUCCUGUCCUGUUAGAAACCUCUUAAUUUUCAUCUACAGUUCACCAUUUAAAAACAAACAAAAAAACCUCUUCUGUAUUCUUUCCUCUAAUUUAUCUUAACUUUCUUUUUCUUUUCUCCUAGUUCUCCUUCGAAUUUUCUACCAUCUGUAGCAAUAUGUACGUAGUGAUUCAUCUUUAGAGAAUAGAAAAGGCAUCAGCUGUAGGUAUAGAUAUCUGCCUUGGCAAUGGGGAAACCUGUGUGAGAGGAAUGGGAGUGAAAGCAGGUUACCGUCCUAUUCCAACAGACCCUUACCUGGGAGGGAAUUCACCCUUGCCACCCCCUGUAAGUGACAGGAUGAGAAAGAGACGGGCUUUUGCUGAUAAAGAGUUGGAGAACAUUAUGCUAGAGAGAGAGUAUAAAGAGAGGGAGAUGAUGGAAGCUACACAAGCAGCUGCCCUUUUCCUCCCUAACCGCAUGGUGCAUGGAGCUGAAUACAACUCCUAUAAGACAGCCUUCAACACUACUCAAGUUGAUACUCCAAACAAGGAGUUUUGCAAUUUUUUACCGACCUGCCUUGAUCUAACCAUGCAGUGUUCAGGAUCCAGCAACAUGGAACUGAUUUCUUCAAAUGUCAGUGUAGCUACUACCUAUAGACAGUAUCCCCUGCCUUCUAGGUUCUUAAUGUGGCCAAAAUGUGGCCCCAUUAGUGAUGCUGUCCUCUACCAACAAUGCCUAUUAAAUGCUACUACUGUCCAAGCUCUCAAACCUGGGGCAGGUUGGGAUGCUAAGGUGUCACAAAGUCAGGACUGUUCAAAUACUGAGCAUGACAUCAUGCCUCCAAAACUGGAAAAUUCACUUGUUCUGACCCAUGCUCAAGACAUUCAGCAGCCAUGUAAUGAGAUACCGUGCCUUCCUCAGGAAGCUCGUGAAAGAUCAGCUUUCUCUCCUCCAAAAAGGACUUUCUCUCAGAUUUCUAAUAAGGAUUCUCUGGCUCAUCAGGAGCAGCUAUUAAGCAAGAUCAGCAAAACCAGUACCAAACUUCCUCUCAAAUACGCUCCAUUUCAAUUGAUGUUCCACCAAACAUUUCCUGAUGGGUCAGGAGCAGAGCUGAGAACAUCAUUUGUGAAAGAGAAUUUUGAAGAUGCUUCUAAGAAAUACAGAGAGUGUGCUAUUAAAGAGAACCAAAAAUACAAGUUUGCAACAGAUAAAUGCACAAAAAACUUUUCUGGGGCUAAACAGGCAACAGCAAAACUUCCAACAACAGAGCCACUGUCAUUUUCAGUUGAAUCCAUCCUUAAAUGACCUUGUGCAGUUACUAAUAUCUCUCAGUGAAUAAACUAUACCUUUAGUGUAGAGAGUUUGUGUGCUUUGCCUUCUGAAGAAUU